AUGACAGACACCGACACAGGCAACCUGAUCCACGACCUCCUCUCGGACUUCAUCCCCUACCCUUUAUUCCGCAUCCUCGCCGGCUUCUCAAAUCUAAUCUACCGUCUCCUCGGUUCCUCAAACGAUCCAUCAUCUUGGUCCUCCACUCUUCUUCCACCUCUCGUCACGCUAUGUCUCGCCUACUUUGCACUCCUCGCAGCAUAUCGGACGGUGAGAAACAUGCUUUCGUUGGCAUGGUUCGGGAUGAAAUGGGGAGCGAUCAUCGGUGGCGCAAUUGCGGUGUGGGCUUGGUGGACUGAGAAUGGGGAUGCGGUGAAUAGUACCGGUGUUAAUCAGGGAAGGGGAAAUGCCGGGUUGAUUGGUCAACUGCAAGGCUUGAGUCCAAUGUUUAAUACGCUCUACACUCAACUUCCGGGGUUAGCAGGCGGUGCCGGUGGUGCUUCGCCGUAUAACAAGCGCCGAACGAACAGGAGAAGAGGCAAUACGAGAUCUCGCACAGGCAACAAUCAAGACUCCUUCUCCCUCGAUCCUACCGCGGAUCUUCCGGAUGAUUUGGGAGCGGGUUUUGGCGCAUUCGCUGAUAUGUUCGGUCGCAAUUCCCGCUCCACUACCUCUGAUACUGAUUCUGGGGUUGAUUUCUCCUCGCUCCUCCGCACGCUAGUGACCGAAGGGCAGAGACAAGGAAUUGACGCGCUCUCAGCGCUUCGUGCUGCCGGAAGGGUUCAAGAGGAGCUACGCAGGUUCCAGGCAGAUCCAACAGGGUGGUUUGAUGGUGUUAGUGACCGCUUUCGCACCUCUAACCCCCAAGUAGGAGGUGCUGGGGCUGACAAUAUAAGAUCAAAUACAAGAGCGAGAACGAGAGCUGCUAGAGGUGGUGCAAACGUAGCAGACGACAAUUCAUGGUGGGCUAAUGUUGCUGCUGGAGUAGAAGGAUUCUUCAAAGCUGAUCCAGACGCUGCGCCUCAAGCUGGUGCUCGUCAAAGACCUACUCACACAUAA